UCAUCUAAUCCUCCACCAUGGGGUGGAUCAGAGGCCAAACAGUCGGCCGCGGCUCUUCCGCCACCGUCUCCCUCGCUAUGCAUCAGCAGUCCGGAGAGUUUUUCGCCGUUAAAUCUGUGGAGCUCUCGAGAUCGGAAUUCUUACAAAGGGAGCAGAGCAUCCUUUCACUGCUCAAGUGUCCUCGCAUAGUUGGGUAUCUUGGCUCCGACGUCACAAAUGAGAAUGGUCAGCUUGUCUACAAUCUCUUCAUGGAGUAUGUCUCUGGUGGCACCCUCAUUGACGCAAUUCGGCAUCAAGGUGGAAGCCUCGACGAGUCUGCGAUCCGGUCUCACACGCGAGCAAUUCUUCAGGGGUUGGAUUACCUACACAAUCGUGGUCUCGUGCAUUGUGACAUUAAGGGUCGGAAUGUCCUGGUUGGACAAAAUGGAACCCAAAUUGCCGACUUGGGUUGCGCGAGAUGGGUUGGGGAACAGUCUCCGGCGAUGCCGAUUGCAGGGACCCCUGUUUUCAUGGCACCUGAAGUGGCUCGAGGUGAUGAACAGAGUUUUCCUGCCGACGUCUGGGCUCUUGGGUGUACUGUAAUUGAGAUGGCAACAGGACGUCCUCCAUGGUCAGAUGUUGCAGACCCGGUCUCUGCGCUUCACCGGAUCGCAUUCUCCUCUGAUUUGCCAGAUUUCCCAAGUUUACUAUCAGAGGAAGCAAAGGAAUUUUUGUCCAAGUGCCUCAACAGAGAUCCAAAUGAGCGAUCGACGGUUCAAGAGCUUCUUAAGCACCCAUUUCUCGACGACAACGGUUGCAGCUUACAAUUGAAUUUGAAGCGAAUACAAAGCUUUACCUCCGCAACUUCAACUUCUCCGAUGAGCAUACUCGAUCAAGGCAUCUGGGAAUCAGUGGAGGAAUCCGAGACAGAAAUAGAAACAGAAAUACCAGUUCACAUCUCCAACAACCAAUUGGUAUUGGGUUCUUCUUCAAAUUCUCCAUCGGAAAGAAUCCGGCGGCUAAUCGGAGACAUCCCAUCUUCUUCCCCAACCCCAAGGCUACCCGAUUGGACUUGGGACGAAGAUUGGAUCACAGUCAGAAGAAACAACCACGAAGAACACGUUGUUUCUAUGGGCCAUGAUCAAACCAUGACACCAACAGACGAACACCCGGAAACUAGUACGUCGGCGAAUACAGACUUGGUUAGUGACGGCGAAGAGUUGGAGUCACUAGGAAGAAGCAGCUCCACCAUUCACUACUCUGUAAAUAGUAGUAGUAGUAGUAGCAGUCAGGGAAGCUUGUCUAUUGUAUCCUGUAAAUAUGUUAGAGAUAUUGCUGUAAUUUGCAAUCUAAAUUAUGAUAAGGUUAAAGGGGAAAAGAAAUAUUUAAUUUCUUCAAUUUCAAUUCUUUUAUAA